GUUGUGUCUGGCGGCGGAGGGGCUCCCGGAGGCUGACGUCAGCAGUCUGGUGGCCCGACUGCUGCAGCAGGCCCAGUCGGGUCGCUCCUCGGGCAUCAGCCGCAGCUCGCUGCUGGGGGCGGCGCUGGGGGCCACUCGGCUGCAUCCCACGGACUGGGGCACUCGGCAGCAGGUGCUGUCGGAGCUCAGAGCGCAGCUGCUGACCGGAUCAACGGCUGUCGUACGAUCCGCCGCCGCCACCGCCAUUGCCGUACUGGCGGGCAGCCUGGCGGCGGAUCCCGCCGUGUACAUCCGUACGUCCUCGUCGUCGUCAACCAUGGAAGGUAGCGGCGGCGAGCACUCCCGGGAGCUGGUGGCGGUUUCGGAGGCGCUGUCGUACCUCAUGACAAACCUGGGGGCCUUAUGUCCGCUGCUGGCGCCGGCGGUUUCGGAGCUCGCCAGCUCGGGACUGCCGGCAGACUGGCCCCGUCCGGCGGAGCCGACAGCAGCAGCGGCAACGUCGGCUGGGUCAAAGGCAGUGCCGUACGGCAGAGGAACCGCCAUUGUGGCUCCGAAACCACUUGCGGACGAGGCGGACGAGCAAGAAGUCCUGCCGGGUACGGCAGUUGCGCUUGUGAGCAUGCUUUGCGACAUUAACAGAGCGCAUGGGCUGCCGGCGGGUGCGCUGAGCGGGUUGCUUGCGGCGCUGGUGCAAGUGGCUGCUGCUGCGAGUCCGGCGGCGACGGCAGCGGGUACGGCAAGUGACGGAGGUAACGCUGGUACGGCGGCGGCCGCCGCCGCCGCCGCGCUGGAAGCGGCGGCGGCACUAGCGCCGGAGGUGCUGAGGUAUCAGCAGCUUCCCGCAAAUGGACUGUCUGACUUGCUCACCACACUGCGGCGGUUGUACGGCAGCGUCGGCGAUGCUGGCGACGGCUCCGCCGCCGCCGCCGCUGACGGCAGGGUCCGCGGCGCCGCCGCCUACUGCCUGGGCUGCGUGGCGGCGGCGGCGAUGCGUCAGGGACUGCUGACGUCAGAGCUGCUGACGGCGCCGCCGUUGUCAGGUGUCGUACCGCCGCCGGGAUCCGACGCGACAGCGACGACGGCGGCGGCGGCAUUGUCACAGCUUGUAGUUGAGCUGUCGGGUGUGGCGACUGGGGGCAGCGGCGGCGGUGACGGGGGUGCCGCGAGCAAGGGGCCGCAUGUGGCGGCGGCACGUGCGGGUGCGGUAGCGGGACUCGUCGCCCUGCUGCUGCCUCCGCCGGCUAGCCUGGCGGAAGCACUGGCUCCCAUCCCGCCGGGCGCCGUAAACGCAGGCUUGCUAGCCCAGCCCGAGAACCUUGCGCCAGCAAAGGCCGCCGUUCGUGCUCUAGAAAGCCUCGCGACGGAGGACACAGAC